AUGGCGGUGGGAGGCGGAGAGGCGGCGGCCGCACCGGUCAGCAGGAAACUGACGGUGGAGGUCUGCAACGCGAGGAAUCUGAUGCCCAAGGACGGGCAGGGCACGGCCAGCUCCUACGCCAUCGUGGACUUCGACGGGCAGCGCCGGCGGACGAAGACUCGGCCUCGCGACCUCAACCCGCAGUGGGAUGAGCGACUGGAGUUCCUGGUCCUCGAACCGGGCGCCAUGGCCUCGGAGACUCUGGAGGUGAACGUCUACCACGACGACAAGAACAAGGGCGGCGGCGGCGGCGGGCAGCGGCGGGGGACCUUCCUCGGCAGGGUCAGAAUCUCCGGCUCCGUCUUCCCCAAGGCCGGCGCUGAGUCGCUGGUCUACUACCCGCUGGAGAAGCGCAGCGUCUUCUCGCAGAUCAAGGGCGAGAUCGGCCUCAAGAUCUGCUACGAGGACGAGCCCGCCAAGGCGGCUGAGCCGCCGGCGGCAGGCGCCGCCGCUAGUCCGGCGGACGAGAAGUCGGAGGAGGAGGAGAAGAAGAAGAAGCCGGAAGGAAACGACGGGAAGGAACCGGAGGGCAAACAGGCGGAGGUGAAGAAGCAGGAGACGCGGAGUGAGGAGGAGAAGAAGAAGACGUCUUCUGACCCGGAGGAGAAGAAGGAAAAAGCGGAGGAGGCAGAUAAGGAGAAGGUGCAGUCGAAGCCGCAGGCGGCGGCGAAAGUGGAGGAGAAGGUGGCGGCAGCGGUGGCGGCGGAGCCAUCACCCAAGGAGAAGAAGCAGCUCCAGCUGGAUCCCACUCUAGCUGUGUCCUCGCCGGCGAAGUUCAACCCAUCCCGUGGCGGCGGCGGCGGCGGCGGCGGCACCGCCGCUGCCAAGGGCGGCGAGCUGGGUCGCUCCGUGACUGCGACCUCCUACGACCUGGUCGACCGGGUUCCGUACCUCUUCGUCCGCCUGCUCAGGGCGAAGCACUCCGCCGGCGGCGACCGUCAGCUCUACGGCAAGGUCUCCAUUGGAACCCACAGCGUCCGCACGCGGCCGGCGGCGGAAGGCGAGUGGGACCAGGUGUUCGCCUUCCACAAGGGCAGCCUCAACUCCACCGCCCUCGACGUCUCCGUCUGGGCGGACAAGAAGAAGGAUGACGCCGCCGCCAGCGAGACCACUACCGCUUGCCUCGGCGUCGUCUCCUUCGACCUCCACGAGAUCCCCAAGCGCGCCCCCCCGGACAGCCCUCUCGCCCCGCAGUGGUACAGCCUCGAGCUCGGCGGCGGCCAUGGCGGCGCCGCCGGCAACGACGUGAUGCUGGCGGCGUGGAUCGGCACUCAGGCCGACGAGGCCUUCCGUGAGGCGUGGCAGUCUGACUCUGGUGGCUGCCUGGCCCACACCCGCUCUAAGGCCUACCUCUCCCCCAAGCUCUGGUACCUCCGUCUCACCGUCAUCCAGGCCCAGGACCUCCGCGACCACCGGAAGGAGCUGUACGUGAAGGGGCAGCUCGGCACGCAGGUGUUCAGGACGGCGAAGAUGCUGUCGUCCUCCGGCAGCUCCGCGGGGCCGUCCUGGCACGAGGACCUGCUCUUCGUGGCGGCGGAGCCCUUCGAGCCCUUCCUGCUGGUCGCCGUCGAAGAGGCGGCGUCAGGGCAGCCGGUGGGUCAGGCCAAGGUGCACCUCUCCGGUGUGCACCGCCGCUCCGACGACCGCUCCGAGCCGCCGUCGCAAUGGCUCAACCUCGCCGCCGGCGAUCCCUCCGGCUACGCCGGCCGGAUCCACGUCAAGGUCUGCCUGGAGGGCGGCUACCACGUCCUCGACGAGGCCGCCCACGCCACCAGCGACGUCCGCGCGACGGCCUCCAAGCAGUCCUCGCGGCCGCCGCUGGGCAUGCUGGAGGUGGGCGUCCGCGGCGCCGCCAACCUCCUACCCAUAAAGAAGCCCCCUCCUCCCAAGGACGCUGCCGCCGGUGCCGCCUGCGGCUCCACCGACGCCUUCGUGGUGCUCAAGUACGGGCAGAAGUGGGUCCGCACGCGCACCAUCACCGACCAGUUCAAUCCUCGCUGGAGCGAGCAGUACGUCUGGGACGUGUUCGACCCCUGCACCGUCCUCACCGUUGCCGUCUUCGACAACGGUAACGGCAAGGACACGCCUAUCGGCAAGGUACGCAUCCGGCUGUCGACGCUGGACGCGAACCAGGUCUAUGUGCGGACCUACCCGCUGACCGCCGUCCUCCCCGGCGUGGGGGCCAAGAAGAUGGGGGAGCUGGAGCUAGCAAUCCGCUUCACCUGCUUCUCCUGGGUGGGGCUGAUCCAGGCCUACGGCACCCCGAUGCUGCCGCGGAUGCACUACGUCCGCCCACUGGGGCCGGCACAGCAGGACCUCCUUCGGCACGCCGCCGUGCGCGCGGUGGCGACACGGUUGGCGCGGUCGGAGCCGCCGCUCGGCGCGGAGGUGGUGCACUACAUGCUCGACGACGGCGCGCAGGCGUGGAGCAUGCGGCGGAGCAAGGCCAACUGGCUCCGAAUCGUCGCGUGUCUCUCCUGGGCAGCCACCGCGGCGCGGUGGCUCUACGCCGUGCGGAUGUGGAGCCACCCGACGACCACGGUGCUCGUCCACCUGCUCAUGGCGGCGGUGGUGCUCUGCCCAGGGCUGCUCCUCCCGACGGCCCUCGUGUACCUGUUCCUGUACGUGCUCUGGAGGUACCGCCGCCGGCCGGCAGGGCCGGCGGCGGGGGCGGACCCCCGGCUGUCGUGUAUUGACGCGGUGGGGGCAGACGAGCUCGACGAGGAGCUCGACGGCAUGCCGACGGGACGGCCGGAGCAGCAGGUGAGGGCGAGGUACGACCGACUGAGGACGCUCGCGGGGAGGGCGCAGGCGUUGCUGGGGGACGUCGCCGCGCAGGGGGAGCGCGUGGAGGCGCUGGUGGGCUGGCGGGACCCGCGCGCGACGGCGCUGUUCGCCGGCGCGUGCCUGCUGGCCGCGGUGGUCUUCUACGCCGUGCCAUUCCGCGUGCUAGUCCUCACCGGAGGAUGCUACUACCUCCGCCACCCCAGGUUCAGGGACGAGCUCCCGUCGCCGGCGAUCACCUUCUUCCGGCGGCUGCCCUCUCUCUCCGACCAGAUCCUCUAG